UUGGCAACCAUGUUUAACUAGUCAAAUUAAAACUGUCAAAUGUCAGCUGGUAAUUUGUUCAAAUUUUAAAAACAUUAGUUAUACACUAUUUAUUAGUUUAAAUAAAAAUGUCUAUUAAACAAGACCUUUUGCAGCUUUUAAAGCCAUAUUAUCUGGUAAAUAUAAUCCUUAGUUUAUCCUUUAUGGUGUUGAAAAGGAUUCCUGGGGUUUGUAACUAUAUAUUCAAUACAGACAACUGCGAAUUUGAUGGGAAAGAAACGGAAAUAUUAUUCUUCCUCCUUAUAGUGGUAGUAAUGAGGACCAGAAAAGCAGGAAGUGUUAAUAUGAUAAGCUAUUUGUCCUCUAGUUUCAUUUACACAAAAAUUGCUAAUUUAAUUUUAUGGUUUAACGCUGAUUAUUUAAUGGGAAUUCUUUAUGGAGUUUUGUUUAUUUUGGGUGCUUUAUUGGUACCAGAACCUACCUAUGCAGGGCCUAGUAAUGUGAUUUACUUCCGAGGUGAACAAGGAUUAACAGAACAAAUUGCGUCAGAUAAGGCCACUUGGUUAAUCGCAUUCUACACAGUUUGGAAUCCAGCUUGUGUUAAUUUUGCACCAGUUUUUUCCAAACUGAGCAUUGAUUAUGGUCUAGAAAAUUUAAAAUUUGGAAAAAUUGAUAUUGGAAGGUACCCCGAAGCAGGCCAAAAAUAUCAUGUGAGCGACAGUAGUUUGAGCAAACAGUUACCAACAAUUAUAUUGUUCCAAGAAGGAAAAGAAGCAAUGAGAAGACCUAUGGCUGAUACCAAAGGAAAGUUAAUUAAAUUCCUAUUCUCAGAAGAGAAUAUUAAAUUGGCAUUUGGUUUGAAUAAUUUGUAUGAAAAAACAAAAAGUGAAGUCAAAGACAGCAAUCAAAUUGGUAAUAAAGACAAAAAGAAUAAAUAGUAAGAGGUAGAAUGUAGACCUUGUGUGAGACACUAUUUGAUUCGUCAUUUGAGUAAAUUGUAAAAAAAAUACACCAAAGAGCGCAAAAAGUAUUUCACAAUAUUAUUCUAGCUACUGUUGUGCCAUCUUUUCAGUGAUUUUCAUUUAAAUAUGUGUUGUAUAUGUGUGAUUCCAAUAAUUUAUUAUAGUUGUAGUUGUGUUUGUCAUUUGAGGCUCCAAUGUUGAAAUAAAACUUGCAUUUUAAAUUGAA